AUGACCGCUCCCAAUCCCCAGGUCACGCUCAUCGAGCUCACACCGAAAGAGCUAGCUUCACAGGAGAUAGGCUCUCAUAACCUGCAAAAGGCCAUCGAAGCCCUGCACCGGGACGGCAUUGUCGUCCUCCAGAACGCAGUCAACCCCUCGCAUCUCGACACGCUCAAUGCACGCAUGGUACCAGAAGCCGAGAAGUUGUAUGCACUAGCAGAGACGCACCGGAACUUUGGCGAGAAGACCGGCAAUAUCCAGCAGGAGCCAGUUUGUGAGCCGGGGUACAUUUUCGAAGACGUGAUUGCCAAUCCUUUCGCUACGUCUGUAAUCGAGUGCAUGAUCGGCCCGCAUCCGACGAUGCGCUUUUACAGCGCCAACACCGCUUUCAAAGCCACGGACCGCCAACCUGUGCAUAUUGAUAUUGACUUCGACAUGCCCCGUAUGCCCUUCGCAUACUGUGUCAACAUCAAUCUCGUGGACACAUCGCCUGAGAACGGCGCCACGGAGGUGUGGCUGGGCAGCCAUAUCGACACAGAUCAAUCCGUGCUUGACCACGGCGCUAAGCACAAGGUGAAAGAGUCAUUGCUUGAGAGCAGGAAGCAGGUUAGUCCGGGGGUCCAGCCUAGCUUGCCAAAGGGAUCGUUGAUCAUUCGGGAUUUCCGCCUGUGGCACGCGGGAAUGCCGAACCGGACUGAUGACCCCAGAGUCAUGCUGGUGUCGAUUCAGUUUGCAAACUGGUAUCGUAGCGAUCAAAAGUUUGUGCUUCCCAAGAGCCUGGUCGGAAAGAUCAAUUGGGGCCGGCUGGUGCCAUGCGUGGAGUGGGUGGACGAUGGCUACGAUUACUUGAAGGGAGCUCACGAUCAUGACUUCUCAUUGAAACCAUAG